AUGGACGAUUAUGACCUACUUAUAGAGAACAAAGCGGGAGGUCUCCGGUGUGCUUACGAAGCUGGUUCUGAUGGUGGUAUGUCGCCGACUGCUAUUGGAGCGGAUUUGCCGCAGUGGUGUGGCAAGACUGAAAGCUGUCCUCAGGCACUCCUAGGAUGGCUCUACUUGACUCAUGAUCAGAACGAUCAGUGGGUGCCUGGUUCAGUAUGGGGUCCUCUGCCAACGGCUGCGCCGGGGUCUGCAGCGCCUCCUGCCGACGACACCAGUUCAUUGGCGGAACAGCUGGCAGCUCUCUCCCUACGGCGUCCACCCAGGCCUCCCCCUCCUGCCUAUAUGUGCCAUUUGUGUUUCAAGAAAGGGCAUUAUAUAGGGGAUUGUCCUCAGCAUAAAAUACAAGGACGCACUGCAAAAAUAUUAGCGCUUAUUCCUAUACAGCAUGCACCUUCAGAGACUAGUGACAAAUCAGACCCAAAUAGCGAUAACGAAUUGGCAGAUCUGCAUUCCCCAAGCUUAGUUUCAUCUUCACCACCUCCUCUAGACUCAUCUUUAGAGCCCAUGCAUAUACUGAGCAGUUGUGAAUCAUCAGAUAGUAACAAUGAUGACGAUAACCAUUCCGAACCAUAUCCAUCCAUAGCACUUAAAUUGAGUCUAGUUUUACGCGAAAUAUGUCCAGCUACACCGACCAGAGAGCCUAAUUACGAAAAUAUCCCAUCAUUAUCUUCUGUACUGUCUCUUCCAUCUGUAGCUCCGUGCUCAACCCCUGAAAUGUCAACUAUAAGGAAGACAAGAGCCCAAAAGCAAUUGCAAUUGCCCCCGUUGCCAAGAUCUCAAGAAGGGUUCCGAAAUUUAUCCUCACCUAUAAGUGGAAAAAAAGCACAAAUUUUCAUCACCGAGCCACAAUUGAAGAACAUUACGAAGAUAUAUGUAAUUGAUACCUCUGUACCAUCGAAUGACGAGACUUUUUAUUAUUUUAAUUUAUUUUUUUCUCAAGACAUAGUAGCUGAUAUUACAGAACACACAAACCUUUAUUCCGUACAGCAAACUGGAAAAUCCAUACAAGUUAUAGAAGAUGAGCUACGAGAUUUUUUAGCCAUCCACAUCCACACUAUUGGAGCGGCUCGUCCAAAAGGCGAAGGCCUGACACCCUAUCAAGGUAAGAAGAGGUGCUUCGGGGAAUACAAGUGCCCGAAGUGUAAACGUAAAUGGAUGAGCGGGAACUCUUGGGCGAACAACGGCCAGGAGUGUAUUAAGUGUCGCAUCAAUGUCUUCCCACAUAAACAGAGACCAUUGGAAAAACCAGAUGGUUUGGACGUAAGCGACCAGUCGAAGAUACAUCCUCAACAUUUAUGUCAGAAGUGUCGCUCUCUUGGUUUCUAUUGCCGCAGAGAGUAUUGA